AUGAGAGUCGUGACAAAAAAGGAAAGGAUACCGAUGACGCAACCAACUGGCCCAGUGUUCAGUGUUGACCACUUGGUGCCGAACAUACUUAUGGAAUAUGAGUUGGCCAAAAUAAGAGUAGAGUAUGACAUUCCAGCAUCGGUAACCAUGCGUUUUCCUUCGCUACGAGCUAAGCAAUCCUGA